GCUGGAGAUGGAGAAGUCACAAAAAUCAUGAGCCCGCAUUUUUAAGAAAUUUAUGCCACUGAGCUGUCUGAAACGAUGAUAUGGCACCUUCAGAAGAAGAAAUACAGAGUGCUCGGUAUAAAUGAAUGGCAGAACACAGGGUUCCAGUAUGAUGUCAUCAGCUGCUUGAAUUUGCUGGACCGCUGUGAUCAGCCCCUGACUUUGUUAAAAGAUAUCAGAAGUGUCUUGGAGCCAACUAGAGGCAGGGUCACCCUUGCCCUGGUCUUGCCCUUCCAUCCCUAUGUAGAAAACGUAGGUGGAAAGUGGGAGAAGCCAUCAGAAAUUUUGGAAAUCAAGGGACAGAACUGGGAAGAGCAAGUGAACAGUCUGCCUGAAGUUUUCGGGAAAGCGGGUUUUGCGAUCGAGGCUUUCGCCAGACUGCCGUACCUGUGUGGAGGGGACAUGUACAACGACUACUACGUCCUGGACGACGCUGUCUUUGUUCUCAAACCCGUGUAACCGAAGAGCGUCUGCAUUCUCCAUUACGCAGGGGAGGAGCUGGGGGCUGUCGGGCUAAAGAUCAUGUAGGAAUUUAAAAAGCCAAAAUACUAAUUAUUUCUUUGUAGUGUGUAAAAGGAAUGCUUUUUUAAAAAAACAACCCAAUUCUUUGAUGAUUUUAUCAGCUCUUACUCAGUAUGCAGGUCUCACUCCAAUUACAGGAGAUAUUUGUUAUGCUUCAUUGCAGUGGGGACUCCUUGCCAGUCCUAGCAAUAGUCAUGGCUUCUCAUGGGGACAGCACAUGCGGAUUGUUUCCAAUGACGUGAGGGCUGGCGAUGAAGGCGUCCUUCAGCUGCAGAUACUGGUUAUAAGGUAUAGCCACUGACACUCUGUCCUGUUUAGAUAUCUUUCUGUCCUUAUUCAAGAAACUGUUUUAAUCAUGCUAAUAAACUCUUUUGGAGGUGAAAAAAAA